CACCAGUACCACAGACACUUUGCAUGCCUACAGACCAGCUUGUACAAACUAGAAAUACCAAGCUAAACCAAGGCCGGAGUAUGAUUAAGUUGGCAGCUAGGUUCUGAAGCUUGCACAAGCCCCGUUCUGCGCAGCAGCGUGUGGGAGGAAGAUGUCCUUCCGCCGCAUCCUCCCCAAGAUAGCCGCCCACUGGAUCAUCAACUUGUACCGCGCGGCGAGGAAGCUCCGCAGCGAUGCCUUCCAAUACAACCGUAACUCCAAUACCAGGCUAUCCACCGCUGGCGCCGCCGUCUCCAGGUGCACCAUCCCGUCCGCCAUCGGUAGGAUGGUAGUGUUUGACUUCCACGGCGGGCUCCUGAGAUCCACCGCCCUCUUUCCCUACUUCAUGCUCGUCGCCUGCGAGGGCGGCAGCUUGCUCCGGGCGUUGCUCCUGCUCUGCUGCUUCCCCGUCGUGUGGGUACUGGGAGAGCACGUGGCUGCUGGCAUCCGGGUCAUGGCGUUCGUCACCUUCGUCGGGCUCAGGCCACGGGACGCUGACCUCGUUGCCCGCGCCAUCCUGCCCAAGUUCUACAUGGAGAGGCUUAACGCGCAGGUGUACGAGCACCUGUGGCUGCCGGCAGGGAGGAAGGUGGCGGUGACGAGCGCGCCCAGGGUGAUGGCGGAGUGGUUCCUGAAAGAGUAUAUGGCCGCGGACAUGGUGGCUGGGUGUGAACUUCAGAUUGUUAAGGUUGGAGGGCGCUGCUACUUCACCGGACUGCUGUGCGAGCCAGGUCCAGGAGCGCCGGCCUUGAGGGAAGUGCUCAGAACAGACGGCACCAUGGCUGACAUUGCCGUCGUCGAUAGCUCCUGCCCGCUGGAUCACGUCCUCGUCCCCUACUGCAAGGAACUGUACAGCGUGACAAAGGAGAGCGCCAAGACCGCCCGUCUGCCGCGUGCAAGGUACCCAAAGCCGCUCAUCUUCCACGACGGCCGCCUCGCCUUCCUCCCCACCGCCUCCGCCACGCUCGCCUUCUUCCUCUUCCUUCCGCUCGGGCUCAUCCUCUCCGUCAUCCGUAUCUCCAUCGGCAUCGUCCUGCCCUACAACAUCAGCUUCGCAGCCAGCGCGCUCUUCGGAGUCCGCUUCCGCACCUCCGGCCUCGCCAAAGACACAGCGGCCAAGCGCAGGGGCGUCCUGUUCGUGUGCACGCACCGGACGUUGGUCGACCCAGUCAUGCUCACGGCGGCGCUGCAAAAGCCAGUGCCAGCCGUGACCUACAGCCUCAGCCGGCUCUCGGAGAUCAUCGCGCCCAUUAGGACGGUGCGGCUCACGCGCGACCGCGACCGCGAUGCCGAAAUGAUGUCGCGGCUGCUAGAGCAGGGAGACCUCGCGGUCUGCCCCGAAGGCACGACGUGCCGCGAGCCCUACCUGCUGCGGUUCAGCCCGCUGUUCGCCGAGCUCGCCGACGACAUGGAGCCCGUGGCGCUGGACGCGCAGGUGACGUCGCUGUACGGCACGACGGCGAGCGGCCGCAAGUGGCUCGACCCCGUGGCGUUCUUCGCUAACCCGGCGCCGGCCUACCGGGUAGAGUUCCUGGGCGAUGUGCCGCGGGAUCGGACGCGCGCGGGGGGCAGGACCGGAGCCGAGGUCGCCAACUGGGUCCAGCAGCGGCUCGGUGAUGCGCUUGGCUUCGAAUGCACUGAGCUUACUCGCCGCGACAAGUACAGUAUGCUAGCCGGAACCGACGGCGUGCUUCGCCAGUAGAGGAGGAAGUCAGAAUUUCCCAGCAUUGGUUGCUGUAAUACUCAGAAGUUGUGGGUUUAUCUUCUAUUACUCGUGUGUGAAGAACAAAAUGUUUGUCUGCGAAAGUCCAUCGGCAAAUGCUUGUAUUGAAUUC